AUGAUAGAUUUUGAUCCAAGACCGGAGCAAAUACUAUCUAUUUACAAUUUAAAGACUAUAAAACCAACUCAAAGAUCAGAUCUACUAUCUAUUGAUAAAGAUUAUAGCACAAUUGAUUUGAAAAAUUCUACAGUUGAAGAGAAAUUUAAAACUUUAAAUUCAAUUAUUAACUCAACAUCUUUCAAUGAAUUAUAUCAAUCUAAUAAUGAUUUGGAAGACCCAUUGAAAGGAUCCGAAAGUAAUGUUGCAACGAAUUUGAAGAACCUUGGAGUGAUUAAAUCAUCAAAUGAUCCUGCUUUAAAUAAUUAUUUAAUUACAUCUCAUACUUUCAAUUCUUAUAAAUAUUUAACAACCAUUCAAAAAGAUACUCCAUUAGAUGUAUUGGAGAAAUCAUUAAAAUAUUUAGAAAAAAGUAUACAUUCACAUGCUAGAGAUUUACAACAUGCAAUAGAUAUAAAUUUCGAAAUAUUUGUGACUUGUAAAUAUCAAAUAGAUGAUAAAUUAAUUGAAUUUGAUAAACUGAAAUCAAAAGUUCAACAAGAUAGAGAAAGUCUGAAAUAUUUUAAUCCUCAACGUCAUACAAUUUCAAGUUCAAAAUCAAGUACAAUUGACGAACUAACAUCAGAAUUAGAAUCAUCAUUGAAUAAUUUAAGAACUACAAGUACAUUAAUGAUAAAACCUAUUGAGGAAAACAAAUUGAAAGAAGAUAAAUAUUCCAAAAUUUCCAAUUUUAUCAAAUCAAAUGAAUUUUUUUUCAAUUUAUCCUCGGAAUUAAUUCAUUCAUUAUCAGUAAAUAAUAAUAGGAAAUUUAUUGAUGAUUAUAACAAAUAUAUGAAAGAGAAAAAAACGUUCUUACAAAGAAUUCAACAAAAUCCCGAAGAUUCCAAAAUUAAAUUGACAAUUGCUCGAACAGUUUUUCAAGAAAUUGAAGAAAUUGCAAGACGAUAUAGAGAUAAAAUUUAUUCUGAAUUAUUAUCAUCAGACCAUGAAGUAAAUCAAAAGGAUGACCAAAAAUUUAUGGCUCUAGUGGAAAAUUUGGUACAACUAAAUGAAAAUGAUCAACAAAUGAACAAAUAUAAACCAAUUGCAGAUUUCUUAAAUAAACAAAUUGAAAAAUUGGAAAAUGAUUUUGAACUUCAGGUGAACAAAUUUGAUUCAAAAUUCUUAUUAAUGCAAAAUAAGUUAGUGGACUAUGUAACAUCGUUAAAACCAGAACGUAGACAAGGUUCACAUAUAAAUUACAUAUCAGAAAAAUACGAAAUAUAUAAAACAGAAAUACAAUCUUCUAAAACUAAUGAUGAAAAGAUGUUAAUUAUCGAAGAAGCUUUUCAAUCUAAUGAAAAUUUGGAUCUAAGUUUAAUUAAUGAAACUUGGUUAGUUUUAUUUAAUUUUAUAAAUUAUUUACAAACAUUAUUUGUGAAAUUAGUGGAUAAAUUUUUAAACAAUUAUUCUUAUUAUUUUAAAAUGGGAGUUGAUCCACAAGGUAUAAUAAGAGAUAAUUUUUUAAAAAGUAUAAAUCAAAUUGUUUUAUUAUUAAUGACUUUAUUUGAUGAUGAAAAUAAAAAUAGAGACAACCAACUAGAAUCACAACCUUCAAAUUAUAAACAAUUUGUUCCGUGCUAUUCGAAUUCAUUAUCUACAAUCAAUCAUUUGAAUAGAAUACAAUACAAAGUCAAUCAACUUUUAACACAUUUGGGUAAUUCAAUUAUAAGAAUUGGUAAUAUGACAAAUUUUAAAGAUACUAAUAAAAAUAUAAAAACUUUAAAAAAUGCAUCAUCUCAAAUUAAUCAAAAAAUUUUAGAAGCUGUUUGUUCAACGUGGAUAAAUGAUUGUGGUCAAUUUUAUGAAUUAGAAGAUUGGAAAAUUGAAGAAAAAUAUAAUAUAAAAGAUGGAUCAUCUACAAAAUUAAUUGAUAUUAUAGAAUAUUAUCAAUUAUAUAUGCUAUCUAUUAUUGGGAAACUAAUCAAAUUUAAGGAUGAUGAAACUGAAAGUGGAAUAGUUGCGCCAUAUCCAAGUAAAAGAAUUUUAAUGAGUAUUGAAAUUCAAUUUAUGAGAACAUUAAAUAUUAUAAUUGAUUCAUUAAUGAAAAAAUAUAAUAUGGAUAGACAAAUUAUAAAACAACAAUUAGAAUUAGAAAAAGAUCAAACUAAAAUUGAAAUUUUUAAAAUUUUGACAAUGAAUAAUUUUGAUAAAUUAUCAAGAGUUAUAUAUCCAAGAUUAAUUCAUAAAUUUGAUCAAGUAUUUAAUAAAGAUUUAUCAAAACAAAACCUUAAAUUAUUUGCAGAUAUUGACAAAGCAAGUUUAACCAUCAUUGAUGAUAUUUUGGAAUAUGAAAAGAGGAAUAUAAAUGUUUUGGUGGAAGAAGGAUUUGAAAAAUAUCAAUCAAGUAGUUAUUUUAAUCAAGAUAUUGGAGUUGAUCAAUAUAUAUUUGAAAUCUUAAUGCAUUUUGUAAAAUUAGUAUAUAAAAUUAAACCAUUAACAAGUGAAGAAAUUUUUGUUACAAUAAUAAAUGAAUUACAAUCAAAUUUUUUAAAACAUAUUUUAGAUAAUUUAAGAGUAUUACAACUUGGAAAUCUAUCUGAUUUUAAUGAAUUGGUAUUAUUUAAUUUAAAAUUAAACUGUAAUUUUGUAUUACAAAUAUUUGAAAAUUCUAAUAAAUUAAAAUUUAAUGAUUCAACAUUUAAAUUAUUACAAUUAAUUUUAAAAGAAGUAGAAAUUAAAAAACAAGAAUUUGAAAUUAAAGGAGAACCAGAGAAAUUAGAAGAUGUUUUGAAUGAUUUUUUGAGUACUUCUUCAAUACAAUUCAAUUGUUUUUAG